AUGGGAAGCCACUUACUUUUGGUGGAUCUAAAGAUGAUAAAACAACAGCGUCAACUGAGUCCACUGGUGCGGAGAAAAAAGAUGAUGGCAGCUCAGAAAAGAAGGACCCCGCUGUCGUUCCCGACAUUCGGCACGAAAAAGGAUGAUGAUAGUUCGGAGAAAAAAUCGCAGUUAACUUUCUCGACAUUCGGCUCGAAGCAGGAAGGCGACUCUUCAGAGAAAAAGCCAUUAUCGUUCCCCUCGUUCGGAAGUUCAAAGGACGAUAAGAAAGAGGAUGAGAAAAAGCCUGCUUUGUCAUUCUCAUCUUUUGGAAGCACUACUACAAAUACGGCACCAUCUGGAGGACUGCAGUUUUCUUUCGGUUCUUUGCCAAAGUCCAGCACUGAAGGACAGAAGGGAGAUGAUGAAGGAGAGUACAUCCCACCAAAAGCUGAAGUAGUUGAGUUCGAAGAACCUGGUGCUACGUUUUCCUCUAAGUGUUCUGUCUUCAAACUGGUUGACAAGCAGUACACCAAGUUGGGUGUGGGGAUGUUGCACUUGAAGGAAGUCGAAGGAAAGAAGAGUGUAUUGUUGCUAUGUCCGGCGAGUGAAAAAGAGAUCAGCACGUAUGUGAUACGAUUCCCAUCAACUAAAGAAGCCAGUAAAGUUCUUGAAGAGAUCGAAGCAGCUGCGAAAUAA